AUGCACUACGAUGUGAGUGUGUCCCGCAGAUGGUGCAGCGUGUUGAGCGUGUUCGAACACCCGUCGACCCCAGGUCCAGCGCGCGCGCACAUACUGACCUGCCCCUCGCAGACCUACGCAGUCGACGCGCCGCGAUACACCACGUCCACGUUCCCCCUGGAGCAGCACGGCUUUGGAAGGCGCGUGUGUGCGCCGCAAGCAUGUCCUAUCCGCUCCGCGCGAGGGCGUCCAACAGAGACGGCAUCUGCACCUCUCACGACACGAUGUACGCACGUUACCGUCGUGCCCGCGCGUUCUUGCGUUGGCAGCACCUUGCCCGCACGAUGA